AUGGGUGGCUCGUUCUCAAAAUACUUCACCAGCCUCAUUUGGAGCAAGAAAGAUAUCAGGAUUCUGAUUCUUGGUCUUGACAAUGCUGGCAAGACCACCCUCUUGUAUAGACUCAAGAUUGGCGAGGUGGUCACCACGAUACCUACAAUAGGAUUCAACGUCGAGUCCGUUCAAUAUGGCAAGUUGAACUUCGAUGUUUGGGACUUGGGUGGACAGACAUCAAUACGACCCUAUUGGAGAUCAUACUACGCCAACACUGCAGCCGUCAUAUUCGUCAUUGAUUCGACCGACAUUGAACGAUUAGAGAUCGCCGCGGACGAAUUAAGGUCCAUGUUAAACGAGGACGAACUGAAAGAUGCGGCUUUGCUGGUAUUUGCCAACAAGCAAGAUCAGCCUGGCGCACAAGGAGCCGGGGAGAUCUCCGAAGCUUUGAAAUUGGGCGAGCUGAGAGAUCGGAAUUGGAGUAUCGUUGCAUGCUCAGUGAUUGAUGGUAAAGGUAUCAAAGAAGGAAUGGAUUGGCUUUCUCAAACUGUGCAAUCAGAGUCGUGA